ACUUUUUUACCAGUAGGAGGAAUCGGGUUACAACAAACUCCUGUAACCGAUCUCACAACAGCCGAGAGAGAAGAAAACACUCUUUCAAUAAUUUACACAUCAGUGCCUGAUACAAAAAAACACCGUCACGGAGCAAAAGAGAGACGAGAAGAGGACAUUUUUUUUCCCUCGCUGAAAUACCGGAGAUCCUGCAAAAGAGAAAAACAAAAUCAUCCAAAACAAACACCAAAAAUGCUGUGAAGCGCCUCGCUCUGGGUUGCCAAGAUGAAGACUUGAAGUUUUUGGCUUGAUAAACUUGUCAACUUGUUGCCUUCCCACUCCUGUGUCCCACUGUAGCGAGAGACUUGACCAUGGACUCCUUCAGCACCAAGAGCUUAGCCCUGCAGGCGCAGAAGAAGCUGAUGAGCAAGAUGGCCACCAAGAGCGUGGCCAACCUCUUCAUUGACGACACCAGCAGCGAGGUGCUGGACGAGCUGUACCGCGUCACCAAAGAGUACACCCGCAACCGCAAAGAGUCCCAGAAGAUCAUCAAGAACCUGAUCAAGAUGGUGGUGAAGCUGGGGGUGCUCUACAGAAACAACCAGUUCAGCGGCGAGGAGCUGGUGCUGGUGGAGAGCUUCAGGAAGAAGGUCCACACUCUGGCGAUGACGGCGGUCAGUUUCUACCAGAUCGAGUUCACCUUCGACCGCCGCGUCCUGAGCGCCAUCUUGAACGAGUGCCGCGAGCUGCUGCACCAGGCCAUCAACCGCCACCUGACCGCCAAGAGCCAUUCCCGCGUCAACCACGUCUUCAACCACUUCGCCGACUCAGACUUCCUGGCCACGCUCUACGGGCCCUCGGAGGUUUACCGCGGCCACCUGCAGCGGAUCUGCGACGGCGUCAACAAGAUGCUCGAUGAAGGGAACCUCUGACCUUUUGGCAGUCCCUCGUCAGGCACCUUCACCUCCAGCCACCCGACACACCCUCUUUGGGACUCAUUUUUUUAAAGAGAAACCAUGAACAUAUUAUAUUUGGACACUUGUUUAUUUUAUUAUUUUUUUUUUUUUGCAUUUGUUGGUUUGUGUUUUUGUGUGUCUCUCUUACAUUACUGUAACACUGAAGUCCUUCUGGCUAGUUAGUCCAAAGUCUGUCUUCUCCAGCCUCUUUUUGCUAUUUAACAGUGAGAGGAUUUUUUUUUUUUUUUUAAAAAUGAAUGUAAAACUUCAUGCUCUUAUCAGAAUAUUCUGCAGUAGGAGCCUUGACAGCUGUGCCUUGAAACCGUUUUACCUUUCAGUCCAUGGGCGUUGUGCUUGCUCUCUUCCUUAAUCAAAAAGACAUGAAUCCAGCCACAGGCCUUCUCUUGUCUCUCUUAAAGGUGCCUUUAAUGGACGCGAGAGGGUUAGGGAGCACCAGCAGAGGAACAAAAGUGAAUUUACAUCUUUCCCCAAUCACCCAAGGAUAUAAAGAAGUGAUUUUGUUGCUAAAAGCAGUAAUGCACUCAGUCCUGAAUGAGCACUGUACUUUCCUGCAAUAAUGAAAGCAUGUUAAGCACAGCAGUUCAGUAAUCCUGCUUAGCCUUUGCGUUUGUAAAUCUCGCCAUCAUGCACUGAACCGCGCUGUACACAUAUCCUAGAGAGGCCGGUGUUGUGUUUUGAAGGCAACAUACAGUACCUAUAAACCCAGUUUCGCUUUAAUAGUCUUUGUUUUAUAGCCACCACAACAAAGGCGGACUAUUUGGGUCAUAGGGGGACCAUAAAAGUGAAGGAAUUUGAUUGUGCUGUGCAUUGUUGAUUGUCUCUGCGCUGACUCAGACGUCUCGCCAGCUGAAACCUCACCCGAGUUGCUCUGAAACCGCUUCGGCAGAGGCACUUCCAACUUUUUGCCUCCAUAAAUGUCUCGCAGUCACAACAUGGGGACCGAGGCACCAGGUGCAAAGGUUGCUCUGGCGUUUUAUCAGAGGGCAGCGGAGAGCGCGCGCAGGCAAACUAGAUGCCACAAGAGAUGUUGGAGGCAUGUUUUCGCAUUGGUUCAGUUGUGUUUUAGCUUUAUCAGUUUUGCCUCGGGCUUAUACGAAAGCAAGCGCUAUAACUCUGGUGCAAAUUCUGAUAGAUCUGAGCUAGAAAGGCUCCCCAUGAGCAGUCAGAUGAAAGGCUGGACGAGAACACGAGGGAUGCAGAGAGGAGAGGUUGAUCAUCCUGUUUUGGUCAGAUCACAGCAAUGCAGCUCUGUGGCGAUGAAGAGGGCCAGCCAGGGUAUAGAGAUUAGAGCAGAGAGAACAACGGUACCUGAUUGUACUCUCCCGCUGCAAUUAUAGCUCCCCGCGUCUGGGUUGGUAAUGGCCUCGAGCCUGCCUCCAUCGAGCAGCCGGUCCACUCCAUUUCACCACACAUCAACCCCGUAUAAUGUGAUGGAGAUAACCAUCGCUGUUUGCGCGAUGCAAGUCCUUUAAUCGAGUGAAGGAUGUUGUUGUGCUUCUUUCGUAUAAAGAAACACAUGGAUUGCUUCUACUACUUCACCCACUCUUCACCUACUAGGUGUCUUUCCCUUUGUCUGUGUGUUUUUGUAUCACUGAGCCUGUCUGGUAGAUUGUUCUGUGCUACGGCCUCAUUUGGUAUUCUGUAUGUGUGUGCGUGUGUGUCUGUGUGUGUCUGUGUGUGUCUGUGUGUGUGUGUGUGUGUGUGUUUGUACACAUACCUGUGAGAGAAUUGGAAAUUUAGCCGUGUAAUAAGCACUGCGCUUUUCCAGAUAGGAUUGCUAAGACUUUAACUUCAUCCACAGCAAUUCUGCCAAAGACGAGGAAGACUGAUGUUUUUUUUUUUUUUUUCUGUUUUUUUUUUUUUUUUUCUCAGCUCUCUUCAAAACUCAGUCUCUUCAAAGGAACAUUCUAGUAGAUCAAUAUGCACUUGAUAAUUAGAGCCAUGAUGAUGGUGGUGAUUAAGACGAAGGUGGUAGUUGUUGUGGUUUCACAUUCCUAUUAAUUCACCCUUUAAGCCUUAGACACUUUCCCUCAAUCUGUUCCUCUCUCGUUGAACCAUCUGAUUUUGAUUUCAUCCUUUUGGGAGGCUUUAAAGUGAUCCCAUGUAUCUAAGUCCCCAACAGUUGACUUUAAAUGUCUUUACAUGCCAUUCUCGCCAAUCCCUCUACAACUCAGGGUUAGUUUCAAUCUCCCACAGCUAGAAUCUAUGACACACUUACUGGAUUGCACCACAAUAGAAAGAUUAGGAACCUCUGCAACAGCUCCCACCGAUUUUACUUAAGCUCUCAAACGAAGCAUACUUUUCAUAUAGCAUUUUUACGUUGAUUGUGAAAUAUAUUUUUAUUUUCACUUAUGUACAUAUGAAUGUUUUUGUGUACUUUCUCUUAAUUGUAUCUACAUGUGACAAAUAU